CCGCCAUGUUCGCGGUCCCGGGAUGGUCCGUUUCGAAUACGGAAUUGAAGCUACAAACGGAAUAUAAAGCCAAACCAGUGCUCACACCUGCCCAGCCGCAGGCUUCUACAGAGCCGAAUGCCGAAUCGAAGAAGCGAAAAAGAAAGCAGGGAAAGAGUCUCAAUGGCCAGGAAGUCACCAAGGCGAAUGUGGAUGAAAUGUGGCGGAGGGUAAUUGAAGGGGAAGCACCAAGUUCAAGCGAACAGAGCCGCGCACAGAUGAAAGCACUGAAAAAAAGGAGACAGUUAGAAAAACCGGCAGAGGACGGAGCAGUUGAGGGAUUGAAGGAUAAGGGCCCUGACAGGGUCAAAUCGAAAGAUGACUCUACCUCCGCACUUGUGAUGAAAGGAAAUUCAAGUGGCCCGUCCAAGAAAAACAAGAAGCAGAAGCGCAAAGCAGAUAAUAAUGCUCGACAGAUGAAUGGUGCCGAUUCACAAGCUCCAGCGGAAGUCGACCCCUUACCUCCUGCUCCCCCGACAUCCACGUCCCUCACACCUCUCCAGAAAUCCAUGCGCCACAAGCUCCUCUCUGCCCGAUUCCGUCACCUCAACCAAACCCUCUACACCACGCCGUCCAGCCAAGCCAUGGAGCUCUUCACCUCCAACCCAGAGCUCUUUGCAGAAUACCACGCAGGAUUUACACGACAAGUUCAAGAGUCCUGGCCCUCCAACCCCGUCGACGGCUACAUCAGCACCGUGACCACCCGUAGCGACGUCCGCCUACCUAAUCAAAAGGGCCCUCACAAUAGAAAGCUAGAUAAAAAUGAGCGGAGAGCUGCUGCUCUUGGACCCUUACCGCGACGGCCCAACGGGUUCUGUACGAUAGCAGACAUGGGCUGUGGCGAUGCGAAAUUUGCACGGGUCCUAACACCGUCAGCCAAGGCUCUCAAGCUCAAGUUGCUCAGCUUUGAUCUCCAUGUGGCCGACCCGUUGAUUACGAAAGCGGAUAUUGCGGCGCUGCCGGUUGGAAAUGGGACGGUCGAUGUGGCUAUUUUCUGCCUUAGCUUGAUGGGGACGAAUUGGGUGUCAUUUGUUGAGGAAGCGUGGCGGGUGCUGAGGGCGGAUGGAAAGGGUGAGUGUUGGGUUAGUGAGGUCAAAAGCCGAUUCGGCAAAGUUGCUCGGAGGAACAAGAUUGGACAGAGGUCAAGUGGAGUAGGGGCUGCUGCUGGGGCUGGGAAGAAGGAUAAGAAGAAAAUGAAUAGUAAAGUAAACGAUAAAUUUGAGGGGGAGUCGGCUGAUGACGAGGAUAUUUUUGCGGAGGAUCAGGUCAAUAACACAAGGGAUGAGACGGAUAUUUCUGCGUUUGUGGAAGUUCUGAGGACUCGUGGGUUUGUGCUUAAACAGGAGUCGGUGGAUAAAUCGAACAAAAUGUUUGUCAAGAUGGAAUUUGUCAAACAUGGACAGCCCACAAAGGGCAAAUGGGCUGUCAAUGUGAAUGAUGCAAGGUUUGGGAAGAAAAAAUUUAUUGAAAAUGGCGAAGGCAACGGGAUGACACCUGAAGAAGAAAGUAAGGUGCUUAAACCGUGUGUAUAUAAGACCAGAUAGAAUUCUAAUUAUCUGCCAUUAUGUUAU